UACAACCGAAUUAGAGGCCAAAGAUGUGUAUUGGCACCCACAUCCCGGAAAGAAGAUGCGCACAUGCAAACAAGUACGCAUCAUCUCCCCGGGAUGCCAUGGGGCACCUCAACAUCCAGGACCCUCCUCUCCGGCUUACGGGCCGCCAUCCACGGCAAACAGGUGGCUCCAUUUUCGGGGGAGUCGUACCCCUCUGCAUGGAGAUACAGCUAGCAUUUUCUAUCCCCCCGCCGGCAAGGGGCGACAAGAGAUGGAACAAUCGUUUACAGACUGUCCUAAAUAUCUACACAGGUACAUAUAAGAAGAACAUAAUGUCAGUGUUACUGAUACAGCUAUUAUAAAGCUGUUUGUAGUUUCAUUUACAUUCAAUUAUUUUCUUUUUUCUAUUGUUAAAAGAAACUUCUUUAAAAUGUAUGUUUUGUUAAAUGUAAGAACUGUUCGUAAGACAGCACGCUCGAACUUUCUCAGAGUAAUGAUUCAUGGACACCAUUUUCUAUGAAUUAUAACAAUUAUUUUCACCUACCAAUUUAUUUAUCUUCAUGCUAUUUUCAAGGUUUUUCUAAUUACUGCGGAUUUAUGCAUGUGGAAUGUGCACACACCCAUCCUGUUAUGAUCACGUUCCUCAGGCUUCUGAUGAUUGACGCUGAAAAAUCUAAAUCAGAAGGUUUGGAAAUGCACCAGAUUGUGAUUGACAUAAACGAUACUGAAAAUCAACAGAAACCCAGCAUAUCUAAAUCUAGAGCCCGAGCGAGAUGGCUUUUGUUAUACACCUUACAUAAUAAUCCGACGAUACGAGUAUACAGAAAAAGAUACCUAGAUUACGUGAAAAGCAUGCAAGAGCGACUGACGAGAAAUUAUAAACUUAACACAACCGCAAUGGGAAAUUUAGUGAAAAAUGUGAAUAAUGUAUUCAUAAACAACGACAAAGAUGAUAUUGCUGAUACUGAUGAGACAACAAAUGCACAUGAUAACUGGAAUGCUUUGUUUGCGAUGCAUAAGUUUCUGCAACAAAUUCAAAAAGACGUUGCCAAAAAGAAAAUACCUGCAAAGGUAUGUGACGAAGAAAGUGUCCAAAUGAACAACAGAAACACGAAACAUGACGACAAGGUGAAUGAUGUCAAAGAUGACAACUUAAGUUCAGAUACUUCAGAUGUUGCGUCAGGUACUAGCAAACAAUUCAGUACUGACAAGAAUGUUCAUACUAAGUCAACUAAGAACUUAUGGAAAAGAGGGGCCUUUUUGUCGUUGGCAAACAAAGAUACAGUGCAUCCAACAUCGGAACUAUAACUGAAAUGUAGUCCAAUCUAAAUUUGAAUACAAUACCUAAGAGGGACAAAUAUGGUCUUCGUUUGCA